CUGGCCUUUGAAUGCUUAAUCUCAAUGCCAAGCUGUUUCCAACCAUAAAGGCUAUAAGAGACCCUAGAUGUGGUGUCCCUGAUAUCAUCCGGAACCGAACGUCUAAUGGCACUAUGGGAACUGUACAUAGCCAUAAUUAUGGCAUAUUUCACUUGGUUGCUGGCUAUUCCUUUUUCCCAGGGUAUCCCAAAUGGACUAGAUACCAACUCACCCAUAAUUUCCUACCUGGUGUCCAGUUGUUUGGUGUUCAAGAACUAAGUCCCAUGAUUGCUCGGGCAUUCCAGAAAUGGGCAGCUGUUUCUCCAUUCAGGUUCCAGCAGGUAGCACAAGGCAGCAGAGACGAUAUCAGUAUCGGGUUUUACCGAUAUGAUCAUGGGGAUGGUUAUCCUUUUGAUGGCCCUCUUGGAAACGUAAUAGCUCAUGCUUUUGCACUAGAAGAUGGGAGGUUUCACUAUGAUGCGGAUGAGAAUUGGAGCUUUAAUCCUGCAGCUAACCAAAUGGACCUGGAAUCAGUAGCUGUGCAUGAAAUAGGACAUAAUCUCGGCCUUGAUCAUAGUUGGGAUCAAAAUGCCGUCAUGUAUCCAACAAUUCAACUUGGAACUACUAAAACGAACCUUGGCCAAGAAGAUAUUAAUGGUUUACGGGCUUUAUACAGCUACUAG